AUGAGACUCAUCAUCAGAGACGGUAAAUCGCAAGCUUGUGCCUACGUCGCGCAAUACAUUAUUGAUCGCAUCAAUGCCUUUGGACCAACCCCAGAACAUCCUUUCGUCCUUGGUCUUCCUACCGGCUCUUCUCCUAUCGGUAUCUACAAGAUCCUCGUUGAAAAGUACAAGGCUGGUGAAAUCUCAUUCAGAAAUGUCGUCACUUUCAACAUGGACGAAUAUAUUGGCAUCCCGCGCAAUCACCCAGAAAGCUACCAUACAUUCAUGUACAAACACUUCUUCUCGCACGUCGAUGUCCUUCCUCAAAACGUCCACAUCUUAAAUGGCAAUGCCGAGAACCUCGAAGCAGAAUGUAUACACUAUGAGGAAACUAUCAAAGCAAAGGGUGGAAUUGAUUUGUUCCUUGGAGGAAUUGGACCAGAUGGUCAUCUUGCAUUCAAUGAGCCUGGAUCUUCUCUUGCUUCUCGUACAAGAGUCAAGACUUUGGCAUAUGAUACUAUCAUUGCCAAUUCCCGAUUCUUCGGUAAUGAUCUGGAAAAGGUACCAAAGAUGGCUUUAACAGUGGGUAUCCAAACCGUGUUGGAGGCCAGGGAAGUUGUCAUCAUUAUUACUGGAGCACACAAGGCAUUGGCAUUGAAGAAAUGUAUUGAAGAAGGUGUGAACCACAUGUGGACUCUCUCAAGCUUACAACUUCAUCCUCAUCCGAUGAUUGUUGUGGAUGAAGAUGCAACACUUGAGCUCCAGGUUAAAACUGUCAAGUAUUUCAAGUCAAUUGAAAAAGUUGCCGCCGCUCAAGGUUUCGAACAGAUUCUUCCAUCUGCUGCUCGUACAGGUCCCAAGCGUACUAUACCUGUUCCACCCAUGCCAGAAAGCUUGGUCAAGGAAGCAUCUACCAUUAAAUCCCCACAACCUCUUACAACCACACUCUUAGCCGCGCCAGCUACUGAGUACCCAGUCCGCAGAAGCCACACUCCAGAAUUGAUUCCUGACCGCAUGGGCAGCAGAAUCUUGGCAGUUUAA